CUCUCUCUCAGUCUCAGGUCUUCUCUGGUGUUCUUCUGACUCUGUCACUGGUGUCUCCAGACUGAAGUCAUGGAAUCAGACAUCACUUUAGGUUCUGCGCUCUGAUUCUCUCAGGAAUCAUCGGAUCUGGUGGGACAUUUAAGGAUGUUUUCCCCUGAUGUCUCAUAUUCUCUGCUGUUGUUGGGAAUCUCGUGUCUGACUGUCUUCACUAAGACUUCACAGGAGUUCUCAGGUUAUCUGUCGCGUGUUCUGAGGAAUUACACUGAACAGGCGUGUGAUGGAGAAUUCCUGACUGUUCGCUGCCCGCCCAGAACCUCCAUCACCGUCCAAUCAGCUUCCUACCGCAUAACAGACUCUGCCGACUCACCUCAGUGCCCAAACCCUUAUAGCAGUGCUGGACCACCCUCAGUGCAUGACAUCACUUCCUGUCAUGUGUCCACAUCCUUGCAGAAGAUGCUGGAUGAAUGUGAGGACAGGCGGAGAUGUCAGGUUCUUGUCAACAGUCGUUUGUUUGGGACGGACCCCUGUCCCACCAUCAGCAAAUACCUCAGUGUGCGGUACAAGUGCAGGCCAAGUGAGUAUAAGAGUAAAGUGGUGUGUGAAGGCGAGCGCUUGCGGUUGGGCUGCAAGACAGGGAUGCAAAUCGCGGUUUAUUCUGCCAUGUUUGGCCGCACACAGCAGGGAACGCUGGAGUGUCCUCCACACCACCGGAGAGCACCGUCUGUCGACUGCUCGUCAGAUGUGGCUUUGCAGGUGAUGACAUCACGUUGCCAGGGGAAACGCUCCUGUGUGGUCCGUGCCUCGACACAAGAGUUUGGCGACCCCUGUUACCACGGCACCCGAAAAUACCUCAGCGUCAUACACACCUGCGUCCCAAAGAAACUGGUGCAGGAGUCGGUUUCCAGGCAUCCAUCAUUCCCCUCUCCCCCAUCUGUGCCUCAUGACCCCAACGUGGUGGGAGACAGCCCUCCUCCUGACGGGACCCCGUCUCUGACCUCGGACUCUGCGCCAGGGAGGUCGACGCGAGGACGGAGUUCUGGUCCGUAUUCAGAAGAGACGGAUCAGUCUGGAGAAAGCGAUCCGAACCCAACCAUCUCCACCGUAAUCAGACCAGCCAUGGCCCUCAUCAGCAGCAUGCUGGCGGCCUACAUCUACAUCACAGAGCACCCGGAGCGCUGUGCGCUGUAUUUCAUGUGUGGCAUCUGUGCCGGUCUGUUCCUCACGCUCUUCGCGCUGGUGGUUCAGAUUUCCUGUCGUACGGACUGUAAACCUCGCCACGGCGUCGCUAAGAAGCGCCCGAGACCCGCGGACUCCGACAGCGACACCAGCGACUCAGAUUCAGACUGGGACUUGAGCUCGGACCUCUCGGCCCGACGGCACCGGCGCUUCGAGCGCACGCUCAACACAAACGUCUUCACGUCAGCGGAGGAGCUGGAGCGAGCGCAGCGACUGGAGGAGAGAGAGCGGAUCAUACGGGAAAUCUGGAUGAACGGACAGCCUGACGUCCCAGGAACCCACAGCCUGAAUCGCUACUACUAGAGCGCCGCCUCCGAUCGGACAAAUCCAGACGGGAAGCUACUGGAGUCAUCGCCUAGUGUGGCAUUAAAUGGCAUAUUUGCAGUGGAAAUAAGCUCUUCAUUGAGGCGCGGUUUAUCCAUGAGGUGAAAGGUCAAAUGCUGACAAGUCUGAUUUGGGAAUAUUCUUACCUGAUGUCUUGAAGUUGGACAUUUUCUGCAGCGUGCGGCUGAAGCUAAGGCUCAUGGGAGAUGUGGUUCAGCUGAAAGGAGUCUAUAGGCAGCUCUGAGAGGCGUGAUAAGCUCUAAGCACUGUGAUUGGUCCUUCACUCCGCCUGUCAAACAGUGAGGACCGCCUUCUGUAGAGAGAGACCUGAGCAAAUGAAGUGCCUUCCAGUUUGAUCUGACAAAUACACAUACAGUACAGUGGGACUGAAAUGUAUUUGGACACUGAUAAAUAUCUGAAUGUCAUUGCAUUAGGAACACAUAUAACAAACCAAGCUGCGACUGCAAGAAAAUGAUGCUGGAGCUUCACUUUUCUGCAUCAGUUUUGCUUCAUGACCUUUAAUUUCCUCCACAAUGCCACAUUGAAUUUUUUGGUAACACUUUACAAUGAGGUUCCAUUUGUUAACUUCAUUAGUUAACAUUAACUAACAAUAAAAAAUACUUUUUCUAUGUUGGUAUUUUAAACAUGAGGUAUACAAGCCUGUUUUACCAAAUAAUUUUUUUUUUCUCAGAAUUCUUUACAUUUUGCAAUUUUUCCCUUGCACCACAGAAUAAAAUCUUUAAAAAAAUAAAAUAAAAAUAAUUGUGACUUUUUAGCUCACAAUUCUGAAAAAAGGUUCUGGAAAAAAAAAGUUAUUUGAAAGAUGUAAACUCAAAAUUCAGAUUUUUUUCCUCACAAUUUAAUAUCUUGUAGUUGUCAGUGAAAACUGAGAAAAGAAACUCAAAUCUGUCUUUUUUCCUCAGAAUAGGGUUUUUGACUUUAGUGAGAUAAAAAGUUGUAAUUACUUUUUUUAUUUUUUAUCUCAUGCUGAAAAAAAGCUUCCAUAAACACAAAUAAACUGUAAUUUUUUAUCAAAUGUUUAAAAACGUUAAUGAAUACUGCAACAAAUGUAUUGCACAUUUUUAGUUAAUUUGUUAAUUGGACCUAAUUGUAAAGUGUUACCUUUUUUAUUAUUAUAUUUUUUAACACUAAAUCAUUUAAUUAUUUAUCAUACGUUUAAACCGAACAGAUUUAUUCUGAUGAUUUGCUGAAAGUCUGCUUGUGCUGUGCUUUCUUUAAAAAUAAAUGCAACUUGGUUUGAUAUUUUAUGAUCAAAUGCAAUGACAUUUGUGCAUUUUUAAGGGUGACUUAAGCAUCCAAAUAUUUUUGGAUAUUUUAUAUAUAUAUAGAUAUAUAUAUAGACAUGCUGUAAAAUCAUCUCAGCCUUUAUGAAUUCUAUUUUGAUAUUUAAAUAGCUUUUGAUACCACUAUUUUUUUGGAUGACAUAUUUUUUAUACUGUGGCAAAGCUUGCCUGAUUGCUCAGGGAUGCAAUCAAAGUGCUCUGUGUAUAAUCAUAUAUUCUUUAAGGGGAUGAGAGACAAAUGAGAUUCAAAUGUUCCUGCGUAGAUGCAACCGUGACCUCAAAGAGGUUCUUAUAGGAUGAUGAUGAUGCACAUCGGUGCCGUGCCUUAAACACAAGAUGCAUCUGCCAAAACAGCUGAUCACUCAAUGUCCUUAUGCAGCGCUUUCUGAUUGUUACAACUGUGCUUAAUGUGUUUCAGGUUCUGUUACAUGAUAAUGAGGGCUCAGAAUUAAUGUUAAUGAUAAGAAAUCAUAAACAACAUCCUUUCCGUUCUUAAAAAUAAAGGUUUUCAAUGCUGCUUCAAAGAGAUUCAGCAAAGAGCUUCUUCUCAUUAAGAACUAUUUAUGACUAUAUAAGGUUCCUGAGUUGGCUAUAUAUAUAUAUAUAUAUAUAUAUA